GGCAGCUCUAUAGCUAAACAGCUGUUUGACAAGCCAACAGAACGAAAACAAAUUAAAACGAAAUAUUUCUUUUGUUGUCAAUCAUAAAAAAUAUUUCCUUUAACACUACAUAAAGUUUCAUCAUUAUUUUAGUCAAUCAUGGAGAAAUUGGAGGCAUUAAAAAUAUCUUCUAUGCGCCCACGCACGAAUAUACUUGAUCGCCCUCUUUCUAAAGGUAAAACUGAAGUUUCUCAAAGUAUUGUAGCGCUACUAUUCAGUGAAAUUGUGCAGUAUAGCCAAAGUCAAGUGAGCACGGUGCAGGAGCUACAAAACAGAUUACAUGCGCUUGGUCAGGAUGUUGGUUCGCGUAUUAUUGAUUUGUAUUUUAUGCGUGAACGCAGUGGUAGACGUGAAACAAAAUUGACACAAAUGUUAUUAUUUGUUAAAACAACUGUAUGGAAGAGUUUAUUUGGUAAAGAGGCAGAAAAGCUGGAACAUGCAAAUGAUGAUGAAUGCACCUACUAUAUAAUCGAAAAAGAUCCUAUGGUUAACACAUUUAUAAGUGUACCGAAAGAUAAAGGCACACUCAAUUGUGCAAACUUUACUGCUGGCAUUGUGGAGGCUGUACUGAAAAACUCUGGAUUUCCCUGCAAAGUGUCGGCGCAUUGGCAUAAAGGCACUACGUAUAUGGUUAAGUUUGAGGAUUUUGUUAUUGCACGCGAUAAACAAUUGGAAGAGAAAUAGAUGUGACUGGAAUUUUAUUUAUAUCAAUCGCAAUUUUUUUCUUCAUGUUUCCAUUUUAAUUAGACUAUGUAUACUCAUUAAUAAAAGAUAAUGCACAUAUUUUAAA